ACGGUGGCUGCGAGGGGGCGGUGCCGCGUGACCGGCGGGUUCCGCCGCGCUCCCGCUAUGAGGCCCGCGCGGCUCCUCCUCCUCCCGCCCCUCGCUUGGCGGUGUUGCCGGGCCGCUGCUCAGCCGUCCCUCCGCCCGCUCCGGUCCCCUAGGCCGAGCCUCCCGCUGCAGCGUGCCCUGAGGGCGCUGAGCUCGUCGCGGUUGCCGUCUGAGGCGUGCGGUGCGGAUGGGAAAGAAGGCGAAGCGGGAGGCCACACCAGAGCAGCGGGCGGUGAGGAGGAAGAUGAUGAUGAUGAGGGUGUGGAGUUCGGGACGCUGUCUACCAAGUUCUCCUCUAGAAAAUAUUACCACAAAACCACAUCUGCGUUUCGGAACUUAAAGCUUGAAGAGGAUGGGGAGGAAGAAGGGGAAGGGAGGCUGUGGCGUGGCCCCAGGAACACCCCGUACUGGUACUUCUUGAGGUGCAAGGCCCUCAUCAAGGAGGACAAGCUGGCAGAGGCCCUGGAGCUGUUUGAAGUGCAGAUGCUGAAGGAAGAGCGAGUAAAGCCAGAAGAAAGCAAUUACACUGUUCUAAUUGGUGGCUGUGGCAGGGCUGGCUACGUGAAAAAGGCAUUCAGACUCUACAAUGAUAUGAAAAAACGAGGCUUAACUCCUACUGAACCCACGUACACAGCGCUGUUUAAUGCCUGUGCUGAAUCACCAUGGAAAGACUCAGGCCUGCAGAGCGCUCUCAAACUACGGCAGCAGCUGAAGGACAAAAACCAGGAGUUGAACCUGAUCACUUACCACGCACUGCUGAAAGUCUGUGCCCUGUGCUCAGAUCUCAGGAUGUGUUUUGAUGUACUGAAGGAAAUGGUGCACAAGGGCCACGUUCCUACAGCUGAGACCUUCAGCUUCCUUCUAAUGAGCUGCAUAAAGGACAGUGAAAGUGGCUUCCGAUAUGCCUUACAGGUUUGGAAGCAAAUGACUAAGUUGGGAAUAAAGGCUGAUAGCUACAGUUACAAUUUGAUGCUGCGUGCUGCAAGAGACUGUGGAAUAGGUGAUCCAGCUGUGGCUUCUAAAGUAUUGCUGAGACCCACCGAUGAGAACUCACCUCAACUAAGGCUUGCACCUGGCAGGCAGAAGGUGAAAAGUCAAAGAAAGAAGGAAGAAGAGGCUGCACCAACUGUCCAGCUGGAUGUGGAAGCCAUGGAAAAGCAGUUAUUUCUGGAAAGUUCAACGCAGCCUGAAGAACUGAUUAUGCAACAAAACAAAGGUGUGAAUCAGGCUGAAAUUAAACCAGUACCAACUGGUCUUGACAGCCCUAAUGUAAGUCACAGCAGGAGUGGAGCACUGAUGAGGAGAGGCCAAGAUGAGACACAGCCAGAACAAGCAUAUCUAAGCCAGAAGCUGCACUUCUGCAACCUGCCCAACCUGCUGGAUUCACAGAUAACUAAUGCAGAUGUGGUUUCCUUGGGAAUGGUAUCCACACCAUCUGAUAGACUGUCUUUGAUGGGAGAUGUGGAGGGUUUCUUGAAUAAAAUGAAAAAGGACAAUGCAGAACCUGACAUUAAAACAUUUACUUUACUGGCGGAGCUGGUGGAACCACAGAGCCCAUCAGAAUCCUCUUUGCUGGCACUCCUUGAUGAACAUAAAGUGAAAGUAGAUGUGACGUUCUUUAACACUUUAAUAAGGAAGAAAAGUAAAUGUGGAGACCUAGAAGGAGCAAAGAGCCUUCUGCCAGCUCUUGCAAAGAGGAGAAUAUCGCCUAACCUCCAGACAUUUUGCAACUUAGCAAUUGCUUGCCACCAAAAGAAAGAUGGACUGCAGUUACUCUCAGAUUUGAAGAGGUCUGGAGUAACUCCCAACAAGUUCAUCUACAGUGCCCUUAUUUCUGCUGCUGUGAAGCAGCUGGAUUACAGUUACCUCACAGAGAUCCUGCGAGACAUGAGGAAUAACGAAGUACCCCCCAAUGAAGUUAUCAUACGCCAGCUGGAAUUUGCAGCACAGUACCCUCCAAAGUUUGACCGGUAUAAGUCAAAGAACCCAUACUUGGAGAAAGUUGAUGGUUUCCGUGGCUACUACUAUCGGUGGUUAAAGGUAAUGGCAGGAGAGGAGACCCCCCACCCCUGGGAAAAAUACAGAACAGCUAAACGUUCCACAGAUGAAACUAAAGAAGAGGCUGUGCAGGGACAGGUAGGACGUGAUGCUCCAGCUGAUCGCUGAGUCCAGCAUACUGCAUGUGCUGGAAGAACUUGGACUUUGCUCCCUUAAACUGCCUCCUUGUAGUAAAGCUGUGUUGUAGUUCCAGGAACUCAAGUUCUUGUGAUAUCUACUAAAUAAAAUAUUUGUCCUGUU